AUGAGUUUUGCUUCUGUCAAGGAUUCGGUCUUGGGCUCAAAAGAACCCUCGACUACUGUAGAUGAACAUGGUAUUGACUGGGACUUUUGGGGAAAGGUCAUCAACGACUACGAGGGUCAACUGCGCAAGUUUCCUAGACAGUUUACUAAACGACUCCAUCAAGGAAUUCCAGAACCUAUUCGAGGCAUGAUGUGGCAACUUAUGACGAGUAGCAAGAGUGAGAUGCUCGAGGAAGAGUACUUGCAGCUUCUUACUCGUCACACUCGUCAUGAAAAGAUCAUUCAGAGAGAUCUUGCCAGAACAUUUCCCAAUCAUCCACACUUCAAGGAUGCUACUGGACCCGGUCAAAAUUCUUUAUUUAAUGUUUUAAAAGCUUAUUCCAUUUAUGAUCAAGAAAUUGGAUACUGUCAAGGUAUCGCGUUUGUUGUUGGUCCGUUACUAUUGAAUAUGCCCGAAGAACAGGCAUUCUGUGUUCUUGUUCGAAUGAUGCGCGACUACGGGUUUCGGGAUUUGUUUUCACCAAAAAUGAUUGGACUGCAGCAGAGAAACUAUCAGUUUGAUAAACUUAUCGACGAGCAAUUUCCUAUUGUUGCAAAGCAUUUGGAAAACCAAGAUAUCAAGUCAACCAUGUAUGCUUCACAAUGGUUUAUGACUCUGUUUGCUUAUAGAUUUCCACUAGACAUGGUAUUCAGAAUUCUGGAUAUUGUUUUUGCAGAAGGUCCCGAGUCUGUCCUUCGUUUUGCUGUUGCACUCAUCAAACACAAUGCAGAAACCAUCAUCACGCUUGAUUUUGAACCCCUUCUCGAGUUUCUUAAAUCUGGGCUUUUUGAUCAAUAUAUCACAAACACCAACCAACUUGUAGCAGAUGCAUCUGCCAUUCGCCUAUCAAAAUCUAAACUAGAUAAAUGGACUACAGAGUUUAACGAAAUGAUGUACAAACAAUCUCCAGAAGUCAUGGAGGCUGAACAUGCCAAAUCACAAUAUCGCCAACUUGUUGAAGAGUACAAAGUCUUGGAAUCUAAUUACGAAAUUCUGAAUAGAGAACAUGUAGAUCUUGCCAACCAUCUCGGUGAUGUCAGUGGUGAUCGUGACAUACACUGUGAGCGAGAAGAAGAGUUGGAGCAACAAGUAAAAGCUCUAAAACUGAUUCUAUCAACUGACCGAAAACAUGCAGAAAACGAAGUGCGUAGCGAGAUGAAUAGAUUAGCAGAGCGCAACAGUGAUCUGGUCAGAGCCAACGCAGAACUACAAGAUGACCUAGACGAUAUUACUGCACAAUUGGCAGAUACAAAAUUACGGCUGGUACAAAGCGAGACAGAUAAAGAAGAAUUGAAAAAAAAGUUGGACAACUUGCGUAAGGCGUUAGGUGCUUGA